AUGAUUCUGGUCGAACGUUGCUUGUCACGGAAGAAUCUUCGCCCUCGCAUUGCGUCCGAAACAUCACACGUACGAAUCAUCUCGAUUAUCGAUGGACGUCAUUCCACAUUGGAUGCAAGAGCUUCCACUAUCAUGACAACGGAAAUUGUAGGCUCACUCCCCGUCAAGCACAACGUCGACCCCAACGGGUCGCUAGGCAUUGAUGUACCACUUAUGCUUCCACCAGCUAAGAUGGCACCUAAUCUCACGGUCUCCUACCACUCGGCUGCAAACAACGCGUCUGUCAUCGGUGUCGGUUGGACCAUUAAAGGCGCAUCAUACAUCGAGCGUGUUCCGGCUACCAUAGCCCAGGACCAACUACGAGGAUCUGUUAAUUACGACCAGAACGAUAGGUUUGCACUUGAUGGACAACGCCUGAUCUCCAUCGGCAAUAACGAGUAUCGAUAUGAACUCGAAACAUGGUCCAAAGUUGUGGCACGCGGCUCUGACGCGUCGAACCCCGACUCUUGGGUGGAGUAUCUCCCUGACGGCACCCAACGAACAUUUGGAAAUACUUCGGAUUCCAACAUCAAGGCCGCUGGCGGAAACGGCACUAGGGUCUGGGCGGUGACCCAAAAUAUUGAUCCUUUCAAAAACUAUGUCUCCUACUCGUACAUCAACGACACCGCCAACGGCGCCUUCUACCUUGAUCAAGUCAAUUAUGGUGGUAACCAGGCCGUCAGCAUGGCUCACCAGCGCAACGUCAAGUUCACUUACGCCGACCGCCCUGAUACGAAAGUCAGGUAUUUGGGAGGGUACAAGAUCGCGAUGCUGAAACGGUUAUCAACUGUCACCUCGUCUAUCAACAAUGCAGUCGUUCACACUCACGUGUUGAACUAUGAUUCUGCGCCUCUCAGCGGCGUCAGCCGUCUGAAUUCGAUUUCCAUCAGAGACGCCUCUGGCAACCAAGUUCGACCAGUAAAGUUCAACUGGGUCGAUAGUAACCCGGCCAUCUUCGGCGACCUGAAGGCGCCUACGACGAUUAAUCCCCAAGAUCCCGAUGCUCAAGUAAUGCCAAUGGACGUUCAUGCCACAGGUAGAACCGACUUAGUUGUCUCGUCGAAGCGUUUCCAAGGGUCGCAGAAGCUACAUCUCGACGUAUAUCGCUCGGACGCGAAUGGUGUGAUAGCGUCCACUCCCGAGUCUACGUUAGAUGGUAUCGACUAUCCAACGCAACUUCUUCCACUCGACUUUAACGGAGAUGGUCGCAAUGACUUGCUCCAUAUCACCACGUCCAUGUCCUCACAUACCCUGACCGUCUUACUAUCUACGCCAAGCGGAUAUCAAGCUCAGACCCCCCUGUCGUUCACUCCUGAAUACAUUGGCGGUUCCUUCCAUAUUGGUGACUUUGAGGCGAAUGGACGCGUUGGCCUCUGCUAUAUAUACCAAGUGUGGAAGAAUGGGGGUCCUCAACUGCGCUUCAUCCAGUUCGUGUCCGACGGGCAGAAGUUCACUGCCCUGCCGCCGCAGGAUGGCCUAACAGGGGUUAGCUUCAGUUCAAUCAAAGUGGUUGUGGGCGACCUCAAUGGAGACCACGCUGAGGAUGUCUUUAUCAUGUAUUCGGCGUUCAAAAACGGUGGAAACAAAGUUCAAAUAGAACUUUUGCAGUCAGAUUCGAACGGCCGGCUCCAGUAUCGAAGUGAUAAGCCGCUUCUAUCUGUUGCGGAGAGUAUCUACUGGACAAACAACAUCAACUUCCUCCCGUACUCGGCCGACGAAGACGGAAAGACCAGUCUCCUUGUCGUAUCACCGGAUAUCAAUAGCAACUUACAGCUUCAAAUGAUUCGCAGCUCAGGGCCCACUCUACUCCCUCCAUCAUCUCCUAUCGCUACCAGUAUUGCGUACAACGGGAAUGUGACGCUCGCAAAAACGUCUUCGACUACCGCCAUUGAUCUCGUCAACACGUUCAAUAAGCAGUUUGCCAGUCCGCCCCAGACUGAAGUCACGGUUAUGCGAUUCUUCAACGAUACCUUUACUAUCUUGAGCAACGUGAAACAGCCGGGCGUAACGUCUAGCUUCGUUACCUGGGCCGAUUUGCGGGGUAUAGGUCGAUCUGAUUGCCUUCUAGGCACCGCUGACCACACUGGCACAAUCACUAUCAAGCCGAUGCCAUCUUCUGCUUCCCAGCCUCCCGACUUCAUCUCCGGCUACGAAAACGGCCUAGGAGCGAAGCUAUCUGUAUCAUACUCCUCCCUCAGUGACCCAAAUACGUAUACGACAGAUUCCACGGACACGUCCGGCUCUCCUGUGGUGGCAGUCAAUGCCAUGGCGCGGAACGUCUCUUUCACUGCCAACCUAUCGUCGUCGUCAGUUUCCCAGUCUUCGGCCCAUACUCGAUCACAAAUCGUCUACUUCCCAUCCUAUGUCGUCAAGCAGCUCAAGCACACGCCAUAUGCCGCGAGGCCGGACAUCGUUGAUGAGAGCGAUUACACGUACAAGACUGCACGAUAUGGAUUCGACGGUCGAGGAUGGCUAGGAUUCGAGACCAUUACGAAAACGGCGCCGUCUCUUGGCUCAUCAACGGCGACGAAUUAUCACCAACAGUUCCCCUUGAUCAAUCAACAAAAGCAGAUUCGAGUCACAGACACGCCUUCCAGCAAGGUGCUGCAAGUGACCGACAAUACAUGGCAAGCGACUCCAGGGAAUAACAAUAAGAACCAGUUUGUCAGCCUAUCGAAAGUGAAGGAGAGUAACUACGAAGGCGGGAGCAUCGCAUAUGAAGUUAAUGUCGACUACGCACACGACAAUUACGGCAACGUUACCUCUAUGACCACCCAAGUCCCACAAACAGGAGCGCCUGCGCUGACGAUCACCUGCACGUUCAGUAACGAUACCGCGGCUUGGGUUCUUGGACAGAAAACUCUCGAAAAGGUCACUUCGGGAUCCACUAUUCUGAGGCAAACAAAGCGAAAAUUUCACCCAGGUUCGCUGAUCGCAACAGAGCAAAGUCAGUGGGCUGCAGACGACACUUGGUCUACACAAUCUUUUGAGUUCGAUUCCACUGGAAAUGAAACCACUGUCAAGGGCCCAGGACAGGCGCUCAGGAAGUUUACGUAUGAUUCGACAUCUACCAACCUUGCCUCCUCGUCUGUGUACACCUCCGCUGACAAUAUCUUAACCGAGACUGCCGUUUUUGAUCUCGUAUCGGGGAAACCACUCUCGACCACCACUCCUAACGGUGACACCACUGCGAUCGUAUACGAUGUUCUGGGACGCGCCACACAAAUAUCGAUCGGCAGCCAGGAGUCCGGGAUGAAAGUUAUCGAGAAGCAAGCCUACGAAACGGAUGGUACCAACUUCUACCACAUCGAGUAUACCGACAGCGAUGACAGCGGACAGGAUGUCUGGUUCAAAGUGAUCAACCACCUCGACGGUAUGAGUCGUGUGUGGAGGAGAGAAGUGCCUCGCCCUGACGAUCCUAGUAUAAUGACAUACUCGGAUGUCGAAUAUGAUGGUGCUGGACGGAUCAUCAAACGGGCGCGCGACUAUGUAGCAGGUACCUCACCUGCAUAUGCCACUUUCCAAUACGAUUCACUAUCGCGCUUGACCAGUCAAUCACUUCCUCCUGCCGCUUCGGACGUGGCCUCAAUUAGCUCUACGUUCACCUAUUCCUUCGUCGCCGGCAUUAUGCACGCCAAAGAGACACGGUCCGAUGGCCAAGGCAGUAAUACGGUAGCUACCACGCGAGAAAUCACUUAUCUCCCGAACCCCGAGCCCUCGGCUACCAAACUCACUAAAUCAUUCGUCACUGCUUCCGUUAAUGAACUCAAUCAGCCGGUGAAGACAGUAUUCGAUGGGCUUGGGCGGCCUAUCUCGAUUAGUGAUCCUUCUGGCAACACCCUUCUGCUCGGAUGGGAUGGUCUUGAUCGUGCCAUCACUCGCCAAAUCUCUAACUCUGACAGCGGGGCGGCGAAGGACAUUCAAAAAACUUCGGCAACCUAUGAAGACGACCUGGGGAAAGUGACGAUUAAGAAUGAACUAACUGGCACUAGCUCUGUCGUUCAGUCUGAUUGGGCCAAUCGGCCUUUGUCCAAGGUGACUGCUGAGGACUCGUUCACGUUCGUCUACGAUACCGGCGGCAAGUACACCAAGGAAAACCUUGUCUCUGUCACAUCUACAAAGGGCAUCGGAUACAAGUUCGAUUACGACCAACGGGGGAACCUUACAUCUUCCAUACUCACGAUCGAUUCACAAGAUUACCCCUCCUCGUAUAAAUGGUCAACCAGCAGGGAGCUUCUUCAAACUACCAAUCCCGACGGCACAGUCAUGACUCGCACUAUGUACUCUGACGGUGCGACUGUCAAACGAGUUGAACUCACUGAUACAAGUAAAGCCGUUCGGGCAUGGGUCAAUCUUAGCGACUACAACGACGUGGUGAAUCGGCCCCUUGUCUGUGAAUUUGGCAAUGGAAUCACCUCUACAUCCAAGCUAGCCGACAAUGGGUCAUUGGUUGACAUGUCGCUCGCAAAAGGGGGUUCAACGAUACAUCAACAAAGUUGGAAAAUUGAUUCAUUUAGCCGCAUCAAUCGCUAUGAUUCCAUCAGAGGUGGUCAAGGUCUACAAGCGCAGGCCUCUUCCAGCCAUACCUUUACCUAUGAUGACGCUGGUCAACUCUCCGGACGUGUCCCCGAUGCGGGUUCUGCCACCGGCAACGCAGAGUCGUAUGCAUACGAUAAUUGUGGCAACAUUCAGUCUAAAGGUGGCAAGACAUUUGUUAACAAAGGAUGGCAACUCGAUCAGAUCAGGGACACGAACACUGGAGCUACCGAGUUCACGUUCCAGUACUCAGUGGACGGCCACUUGACCUCGAAAGUAGACGGUACUGGAAAGGAGACGGCGUCGAUGCAGUACGACUCAGAAGGCCACCUCAUUGCAUUGAAUAAGACCAGUUUCGUUUACGAUUACGGCGGUCGCCUUGUCAAGGCGGUUCUACCAAAUGGCGACAUCAGGAUCUACCCCAGCCACACUUACGAGGUCGACAUUGCGGCUUCAGGCGAUAAGACCCACUCUGCUUACCUCGUCCACGGAUACCGACGCGCGGCAUUGUCUACCUCAGCGACAUCGUCGAGCGUGAAUUACUUCCACACCGAUCAUCUAGGCAGUACCAUUGCCGUAUCCGACGCCAAUGGUGGGAUUAUUACCGAGUAUUCGUACGACUCUUUCGGGCAGGCAACAGUGACCUCCGGUAAUGAUGUUUCUCGCUAUAAAUUCUCCGGAAAAGAAAUGUUCGACGGCAUCUACUAUUUCGGCUCUCGUUUCUAUGAUCCCGACACGGGUCGUUUCUUAACGCUAGAUAGCUAUCCCGUCGAUGUUCAAAAUGCUACGCCCUCGACGUUCAACAUGUACUCAUUCUCUCGUAACGACCCUAUGAACUUCAUAGACUUGAAUGGAAAUGUCCCUUGGUGGCAUUGGCUUGUUGACGCUGUCCUGAUAGCCGUUGGCGUCGCUCUCCUGUUUGUCCCCGGGGUCAACGCCAUUGUCGUUGGUGUCAUGGCGGUUGUGACUGGGGCCUUGAUUGGAGGUGGGUUGGCUGGUGCAAUGUACGACGUGAAAGCACAAAUAUCCGGUAAAUCGGACGACAAAGCCUGGGGUAUGGCGGUUGGCUUGGGGGCUUUGUUCGGAGGAAUCAGCGGAGGUCUCUCUGCUGGCGUGGAUGCCCUUCUACCCGCGGUGACCUUCAUUGAUAUCUCUUCGAAUAUGGGAGCAAUCGGGGCGCGAAUGGUAGCUGGCUGGGUUGUCAAGACCGUGGCCAGAGUUGCCAUCAAGACAGCCGUCGACACUGGUCUCGGCGUGCUGAAGCAGAUGUCGGCAAAUGGGAUUGAAGGUAAACGUUGGGACGAAGGCCUCGGAGACGCCGCCGCCUCAAGUGCUCUUUCUGGGUUCGCAUCAGCUGCAAAUUCGACAGCCAAGGGCGAAGCAGUCGCAUUCCUCAAGCCGAUCAAAGGCAGCGGAUUGCGGCUCAAAUUCUGGAAGAACAGAAACUGGAAAGUCUACCGAGUUGCUGACGCAGAGAAGAUGUCAGGAUUGGGCAAGCUCGCCAAAAGUCCUGAGUAUCCUAUCUCAUCCUCCGAGCCCAAGCUUCUCAGCUAUAAGUCCCUCAGCGAGUUUGGCGAUAGUUUCGCGGCGCCAUCAUCUUCACGAUUCAUCCCUGUGGGGCACAUUAGUGGUUUGUAG